CCCUGCAGAUGACGCAGCAGGACGGGCAGCACCUCUGGAGGAUGAAACACUUUAAUAAACCCGUCUACUGCAACGUGUGUCAGAGCAUGCUGCUGGGCCUCAGGAAGCAGGGGCUGUGCUGCACCUGCUGUAAAUACACGGUGCACGGCCGCUGUGCCAACAGGAACCCGGCGCCCUGCACACGGACCUAUGUGAAGUCCAAGAAAGAAACCGGGGUUCCUGCUCACGACUGGGUGAGUGGGAACUGUGACUCGAGGAAGUGUGAGAAAUGCCAGAAGAAGAUCAAGAGCCUGCAGGGACUGACGGGGAAACACUGUGUGUGGUGCCACAGCAUG